AUAGUCCAAGGAGGCUGUAAUUUUAGCAGAACUACCAAGAACAUUUAUGUAGGAGGCUCGUUAUUCUAAAUCCUGGAUGCCUUUUUAUUUUUUUCUUUGGAAAGUACGUGAAUGAUGGUAAUGCUGCUUUGCUUCCCAAACUGGGCACUGAGGUAAACAGCAGAAGCCACAACAACCACAAACAACAACAGAAGGUCUUAUCCUGACCAUGGAGUUCCUUGAAAGAACCUACCUUGUGAAUGACAGAGCCACCAAGAUGUAUGCCUUCACCCUAGACAGUGUGGAACUCCAGCAGAAAUCCUUGAAUAAAGAUCAAUGUCCUGGAGAGAAGCCAGAGGAGCUGGAGUCAGGAGCCAUCUAUCACUGCCACAGCAACUCCAAGGCCACAGAGAACAGAGCAAACGAGCAAGUCUAUGCCAAGUGGAAACUCUGUGCUGCUUCGGGAAUAUGCUUCGUUUUCAUGAUUGCAGAGGUCGUGGGUGGGCACAUUGCUGGGAGUCUUGCUGUCAUCACAGAUGCUGCCCAUCUCUUAAUUGACCUGACAAGUUUCCUGCUCAGUCUCUUCUCCUUGUGGUUGUCAUCGAAGCCCCCUUCGAAGCAGCUGACGUUUGGAUGGCACCGGGCAGAGAUCCUUGGUGCCCUGCUGUCCAUCUUGUGUGUCUGGGUGGUGACUGGGGUGUUGGUGUACCUGGCAUGUGAACGCCUGCUGUACCCUGAUUACCAGAUCCAGGCAACUGUGAUGAUCACGGUUUCAGGCUGUGCUGUGGCAGCCAACAUCAUGCUAAGUGUGAUUCUGCACCAAAGACACCCCAGCCACGAUCACAAGAACGUGCAAACUAAUGCCAGUGUCCGAGCAGCGUUUGUGCAUGCCCUUGGAGAUCUACUUCAGAGCGUCAGUGUGUUAACCAGCGCGCUUAUUAUCUACGUUAGGCCAGACUAUAAAAUGGCUGACCCAAUCUGCACAUUUGUCUUUUCCAUCCUGGUUCUGGCCAGCACCAUCACUGUUUUAAAGGACUUCUCCAUCUUACUCAUGGAAGGUGUGCCAAAGAACCUGAAUUACGAUGACGUGAAAGAGCGCAUUUUAGCAGUGGACGGAGUAGAGUCUGUGCACAGUUUGCACAUCUGGUCUCUAGCAAUGAACCAAGUGAUUCUCUCGGCUCACGUUGCUGCAGCAGCCAACCGUGACAGCCAGGUUGUUCGGAGAGAGAUUGUUAAAGUCCUCAGCAAUAGCUUUACUGUGCACUCACUCACCAUUCAGAUGGAAUCUCCAGCUGACCAGGACCCCGAUUGUUUUUUCUGUGAAGACCCCCGGGACUAAUUCAGUUACAAUGUCAACUUCUCAUCAACUUCUCAACUGCUCUGCAGUUUCUAACACAUAAAAAAUAAAGAACCAAAGGAAAAAGUUUGAGAAAUUCGUGAUGCAGUACAGUGCACAUUUUAUCCUUCUUUAUUUAGCUCCAUCCACCAUAAAUGAAAAUACAUUUAGAUUCAUCAGCCAAUUGGAUUAUCAACUCAUCAGUAGCUGUGUUCAAUUAUGGGAAUGUGUGUAUAGACUGUUCCUGACUGGGGCUGAAAUAACAGAUGUUUGUAACUACAGGCAAUAAAAAGUUCAUCUCCCUUCCAUAAUGUAUCCUCAGGAUGAGUGGGUAAAAUUGAACUCAGGAAAAUCUUACUAGGAAUCGGUGCCAAGGGAUUCUCCCAAAACAUGAGAAGCAAAAGAAGAGCCAAGCGAGAUUAAAAGAAAUUCAGGAGACCUA